GGCGCCGUCCGAGCGGGCCGACUCCCGUGUGCCGCGCCAGACGCUGCGGAGGCUCCGGACGCCGCUACUAUCGCCUGAGCAUUUGAACCAUCUCAUCAUUGACUUUGACAUGGGGUCCUCCAAGAAGGUCACUCUCACAGUCCUCAGCCGGGAGCAAUCAGAAGGGGUUGGAGCAAGAGUCCGCAGAAGUAUUGGAAGACCUGAGUUAAAAAAUCUAGACCCGUUCUUGCUAUUCGAUGAAUUUAAAGGCGGUAAACCAGCUGGAUUUCCCGAUCAUCCACAUCGAGGUUUUGAAACGGUAUCUUACCUCCUGGAAGGGGGCAGCAUGGCCCAUGAAGACUUCUGUGGACACGUUGGUAGAUUGGACCCAGGAGACCUACAGUGGAUGACAGCAGGCCGGGGCAUCCUGCAUGCGGAGAUGCCAUGCACAGAGGAGCCUGCUCAUGGAUUGCAACUUUGGGUGAAUUUAAGGAGCUGUGAAAAGAUGGUGGAACCUCAGUAUCAAGAUCUAAAAAGUAAAGAAAUACCAAAGCCUUCCAAAGAUGGUGUAACCAUCGCAGUGAUCUCCGGGGAAGCUCUAGGGGUAAAGUCAAAAAUUUACACACGAACACCAACUCUGUAUUUGGAUUUUAAAAUGGAUGGAGGCUCGAAACACACUCAGCCUAUUCCCAGAGGAUGGACCAGUUUUAUUUACACGCUCUCCGGAGAUGUAUACAUCGGGCGAAGGAUAUCAGUGGCCAUGUGUUUCCUCUGCAAUAGUCAUUUGGUCAUGAACUUCCUAGUCCAGACAGUCAUUGUGUCAUUCAUGAUGGACCAGAAAGGAAGCCAUUUUGUCCUGAUAGCUGGGGAACCAAUAAGGGAGCCAAUAGUACAGCAUGGCCCAUUCGUAAUGAAUACCCGCGAAGAAAUCUCUCAGGCCAUCCUCGAUUAUAGAAAUGGGAAGAAUGGAUUCGAAAAGGCCAAAACAUGGAAAUCAAAGAUCGGAAACUAGUGAAGACCACAAGAGCAGGUCUCCAUGCUUCCUAGAAUUUGGUCAUUUGUAGCAUGCAACUAUUCAAGACCUUUAGUUUCUAAAGCUAACUUAGCCGGUGCAUCUAAAGAAUUACACGCUAAAGUGGUAGCCUGGUUUAUGUAACAAUGCAUGUAAGAUGAGAGUUUCCUGGAACCUGCAAAUAAAACUAAUCGUUGC